AUCAUGAAGGUUUCUGGCUUUUGUGCUUUGUUCUUGUUGGUUGGGACAGCGUUAACAUUCUUUAACUUCUUAAGUCCCACUGGUGCCUCCUGGUUUCCCGAUUUGGUUGCUACCAACUGUGGUGAUAGAACAACACUGAUUGCAACAAGCAGGAAAUUGAAGGAAAAUGGCAGUAAUAUAAGAAGUAAAAAUAAGGGUGAUAUUGGUCACGUGACUCUAGAUGAUUACAAUCCCAUUGAUCCUGUACCAAGUGCCAAGGCCAGUGUAAAUCCAGGACCUAUUGAGCAUGGAACUCCUCUUAUGCCAUAUAUUCCAAAACCUCCGCCACCUAAUAAUCAUCCUAAGCCUGGAGAUUCUGAGUAA